UUAUAAAAUACAAACGGAAAUCAUUUUUUUUUCAAAGUUUUCAAAACAUUUUUUUAUAAAUAUAAUAUACAAUUUUCAAUUUCAAUACUGUAUUAUGGAUAAUUGACUUAGUUAUACAGAAUGUCUUUAAUGUCAUCUCCAUAUUUAAUAAGAUUGCAAGAGUUAAAAUUAUGGCAAGGAAAUUAUGACAAUUUAUUGCAAAAACAACAAGAAAAUUCGCAAGAAUGUAUAGAUUUAUCAGAUAUUGAUUCCCUGGAUGGUGUAACACCAAUAAACGAAUCAAAAUCUCCAAGAGUUUCGAAAGAUAUGAAUUGUGUUGAUUUGGACAGACAAGUUAUAUUGCCCACUACAAAACCCUUUAAUGAAUUGCUUGAAGAUAAACUUGCAGAUGACCAGCCAUAUUUACCACCAGCCAAACGAAAACAACCGUUUUUAAAGAAAGGAGCAGGACUAGCAAGAUACAAGUUAACUCCUAAUCUUAAACCAUACAUGUCCAAAACUAAAAGUAAAAUAACAACUCUUAAUAAAAACCAAGACAAAGAUAAUUUGACUAGUGAAAACCUAAAUCAAGAAGAACAGCCUAUAACACCUUUAAAAGUACCCGAAGUUAGUAUUAGAUGCAAAGCUAAGUGGACUAAAGUUGAUAACGGGAACGAGGGUUUUGUAAAACAACAGGAUGAGACUAAAUUUAGUUCAAACUAUAUUAUUGAAAAAGUAAAUGAAUUAUUCUAUAGGUCCAAUCAUUGUAGUGGUGACAGUCAAAUGCACAAUUCUUCUAAAUAUGAUAAAAUUGAAAAAGAAGAUUUACCAGAAAACUUAUGUAGUGAUAGAUCAGCUAAUGAAUUAAAACUAUUUGAAAUGUUAGAAGAAAAAGCCAAUCACAGCAGCUUCUUAUCAACGAAUACCAGUAUAGUAAAGUUACUAACUAGUACACCAAGUAAUAAUAAUUCUCCUAAAAAGGUGCCAGUCAGUGAAGAUUCGAAUUUAUACCAAGCACUCAAAAGUAAUACUUCAAAACUUAAUAAAGUUUUAACCAGCCUGAAAUUUUCAUCACAGAAUAAAAAUGGAUAUUGCACAGAUAAUCAAUCAAGAAAGUCAUCAGAAUCUGAUUCCUCAUGUAAUGAAAAAACAAGCAUUUUGUCUUCAAGUUUUUAUAGUGAAUUUGAAACCACUUUAAGAAGAAAUGAUGUAGAUAAAGCUGUUAACACUGAUUUUAAAAGUGACGUUGGUUGCUCAAAUUGCAUUGAACUGGAGAGUCAGAUUGACAAAUUGCAACAAAAAUCCUCUAAUUUGGUCUCGGCGAACUCAAAACUUGAUCAACAUGUGAAGGAGUUAGAAAGACAAUGUGAUUUACUGAACAGCGAAAUGAAACGAUCAAGAAAUGAUUACGAAAAAGACGUGGAAGAUAUACAAAAGGAACUAGAAGACGAAAGAAAAAAGCUUGCGCGAGAAAAAGCCCUUGUUGAUAUGUACAUAAAGGAUCUUCGACCUAAGAAGAAAGAAAGUAUGGAAAUAGAGAAUUUGAAAAAGGAAUUAUUGGAAGUAAAGGAGUUGCUUAAGUUAAAAGAAACAAAAAAUGGGACUACGCAGGCACGUUUGAGAAAUCAGAUAAAGCAGCUUGAGAAAGAUAACAGCGAGCUCAAAUCUUCAGUUGAAUAUUGGCAAAAGGAAAACGCUAAGCUGAAUGCUGCUCAAUUGGUGAAUAGAAAAGCUGAAACGAGGAUGUUGCAGCAAAUCAGUAGAAAUUUAAACAGAUUAACUGAAGAAACGAUUAAAGACGUUGAUAAUUCCAAUUCACCUACUAGCGGGAAAAAGGAAAACAGCAAACUUCGAAACAGAGAAAAGGGAAAGAAUGUGGCAGAGCUAAAAGAAAAAGUAGUAAAAGGAAUACAGGUUCAGGAGGAUUUACCUGAACAGAAUAAUUACGACAAAAGAACAAAUCCUCCGCUAGAGAUUAUAUAUAAUAAUGAUGAUUUAGAUAAACAAUGCGAAUCAUCUUUAGGAUUAGUUGACAAAGACGUAACCCAGAGGGAUAAUCUAAAUUUAUCUAGGAAAGUUUUAACAGAACAAGUGUUUCCCGAUGGAUCGAAGGAAAUAAAAUUCGCAAACGGUACAAACAAAACGAUUUCACCUGAUGGUAAUCUAAUUUAUUUCCAAUAUGCGAAUGGAGACUUUAGGGAAACAAAUCAUAGAAACCAAACUCAGAAGUACUACUUUGCCAGUAAAAGUGUAUGGUUAACAAAACACGCUGAUGGCACACAAAUUACCGAAUUUCCCAAUGGUCAAAAAGAAGAAAAGUUUCCGGAUGGUAAAGUUCACGUGAACACCAUAGACGGCAGAAUUUUAAUUAAAUACCCUGAUGGAUCUGAAGAAAUAAAUAACCCAGAUGGCUCUAGAGUGGUAAUUCGAAAGGAAGAAAAAAUAAUAUAUCUGCCUAACGGUCAACGAGAAAUUGAAACUCCACAAUUUAAGAAAAGGGAAUAUCCCGAUGGCUCCUUUAAAAUAAUUUUUCCCGAUGGCACCCAACAGUCUAGGUACGCUAAUGGAAGAGUUCGUAUUAAAGAUAUGACAGGAACAUUGAUAAUGGAUACCAACGUUGAAGAAAUGAAUUAGUGCAAGCAAUAUUAUUAUUUAUUAUACCAUAAGUGAUUUUUAUUUAUUGAUUCUAAAAAAUAAAAUUUAUUUUGAUAUGA